AUCCCUUAAAAUCAUCCAAUCUAUGAUUUUAGCAGAGUCAUCUAAAUUCUUUAUAAGUUAGAAUCCAAUAACACCCCCUAAUCAAGUAUGAGGAGGUUAUUUAGCAAAUGGAUUCUCGAAUUUUUAAUGAGAAAAAUCUUUGCAUCAAUUAGAACAACCUACAAAAAAAAAUAGACACGUUUUAGUAGGAAGGUUAGCAAUUUUAUGCUAAUCAUGUUGUUGAUAAAAAAAACUAGAUAAGAAGUGUUAUAAUUUUCUAUGCAUCAUUGCUUAAAACUACAAUUUUUAUCUAAUAUUUGCGGAAUUCCACAUCGUAGAUGGUGUUAAUCGCUAAUAUUCAAUAUAAACCAAAAAGAAUUGAAUAUAGAUGGAUUCGUUGAAAGCCCAUGAUUUUGCAUCAUUUGAACAAAAUUUGCAUUACAAAGUAUAUUGUCUAUUUUCUUCUACAAAUAAAAAAUAUUACAUGCCAAUCAUAUUUUGAUGGAAUGAACACUUAUUAGACGUUGGCAUUGUAACCACGUUCAGAAUUAUCUACCAAAAAUGUUUUCAGUGGGGCUGGAUUGAUAUAGGAAUGUAGUUAAAUAUACUAUUUUGGUGAGAUGGCUAUGAAGAUUGGUCUUCGACUCUUUAAUGUACAAUAUCCUUGAAUUACAUCUGAAAAUGUAGGAUUAACAUCAACUAUCGUUGUUAGUAGUUUAGUUAUAAAAUUUUCACUUUAAUCACACCAAAUCAUAACAACCAUUUUCAUUAAUUAGAAAUAUUGCUUAAACAACAAUUGUGUAUUGAUAUUGAUAUUGUUCACUAAAUAUAAUCAUUUUUGGAUGGAAUUUUUUAUUUUACAAAUAUUGCUUUGAUUAUAAAAUCAAAUUAAAAUGUAGUCAUUGCCAGCUCCACCAGACCACCACCAAUUCUAUCAUAUAUUUGCCAUUUUCGUUCUCUCUCUUCUAUGUAAAAAAAAAAUAAUUAAUAACAUCUCCCUUCCUUAAUCAUCCUCUCUCUCAACAUUUCUCCUUUAAUUUCCCACUUAUCUUUUCUUCAAAUCUAAGCUUCACUUAUUCAUCCACGUUUAUUAAACCCUUUUUAUUAUUAUUUUUUUUAAAAACCCAAAAAUCCAAUAUCUCUACUAUAUAGUACACAUACGCAAUACUGAAGAACCGAGGGGAGAAAAUAAAUAUCAAAAAUAAACCUUUAGAAUGAACUCUGUGUGUAUCUCCAGCUGCAUCAACGAUGCACAUGACCCGCGCGUGCCGAUUCGUCCCGUGCGUGCCUCCUACGUGAAUCUAUAUAAGUGGCCCGAGUCCGACGCCGAGUUCGUUCGCUCCGUACGUCGUGGAGGUGGCGUACCGGAGGCGCGUGUAGUGGAUAGCAUAUCUUGCCGGCAGAUGUAUCUCCGGAGCUACACUUUCUCUAGGGAAGACGAUGAUGAGAGCAAAUCGGAGAAGGUGACGUCGGCGUCGACGCAGACGUCGUGUCUAGGGAGGGUUAAGGACACGGCGUCGUUUCGACGUAAGAGUAAAAAGGAAAGUGACAUCAACGUCGAGAGUACAAAGCGGCGUCGUGGUGAGAAGAGGAGAGUUAGAAGGAAGAAGCGACAAGAACAAGCUUGCUCUGUUUUGUUCAGGUUUUUUCGAAGGUUAUUGUCUUGUUCUGCCACCGUAGAUGUUGUUGAUCCAAACUAAGUUGUUAUAAGUUAAUUACUCUUUUAUUUUUUUGUAUCAAACUUAUUAUUAAGAUUUGAGUUUUUUUUUCUUCUUUGUUUUAAGAGUUAUCUGUUGAACCCUUCCUUUUUAGUUGAUUUUGUUUGUAUUUAAACUUGUAAUAUACAGAAUUUUCAUGGUUUUCUA